AAACAAAGUGCUCAAAACACUCUAUUUCCCACUGUCAUUCUACAAACACGUAUAUUAAUUGAUUCAGCUUUCUUAUCGCAUCAAACAUUUAGUACUUUCCGGUGUUGUCGACGCUGCUAAAAGAUAAACCAAAAUUUCAAACAAUAUUAUGGAUUUAGAUGCGAUUGAUGUGGUAGUAAUUGAGAGUGAAAAUUCUGGUGAUGAAAAAAAUGUUGAUUCCAAGUCAAUAUUAAACGAUCAAAGUGAUAAAGAUCUUGAAGACAAUGAAGGGGAAAAAAACGAGGAAAUUAAAACAGCUGAGGUGAAUCAUGAACAAUUAGAAGAAGAAUUUUGUGAUUGGAUAGUAAAAAGUCUGAGCUGUGUGAGCUGUAUAACCUGUACCAACUGCCCUGAACGCUUUGGAAAACACUGUUGUUCAUUAUGCAAGUGGGACUUAGAUAUCAAUUUAAAUGCAACAAAUCAGAACACCAAUCCAUCGCAACCAGUGGCAAAUAAGCGCGAUGAAUCGCUUUCGCAAGAUAAAGAAACGAUUAAAAAUUUGGAAAACAAAAUUGAAAAGAUGAAAAAGAUGCAACAAGUUAAACAUAAUGAAUGUAUACGAUUGAAAACUAAAAUUGGAGAACUGUCGGAGGUAAUAACGAAGUUGGAAGGGCAGCUUUCGACAGUAAAGACCGAUAAUGCUCGCCUGCAAACAGAUUUGCUUGAGUGUCAGAAACAAAAUGUAGAUCAUAAGACAGAAGUUAACCGACUUGAAUUGGAACUCACAAAAGCUGCUUCAGAGUUGAUUAGGCAAUCAAUGAAGACACAGGAUCUGGAGGAAACUUUGGAAAGCUGUAGAACAGAACUUAAUCAAAUUUCAAAACAACGCAAGGAUCUAAGUAGAGCUUUCGAUGAGACGGAUGAUCAGCAACGUUUAGAAAUGAAAAAGCUACACGAAACCUUGCAGAAAUCGGAGUAUGAGAAAGCUGAACUGGAUUGCCAAAUCAGACUGCUUCAUGGUGAAUUGCAAGCUGCAAUAGCACGGGAACAUCAGGCUUUACGUGACAAUGCGCUACUGCAACAGAAGCUGACAGCGCUUGAAAAUCAAUCAAAAUAAAACCCAUAGCGUGAGAACAGACGGCGUCCACGGGCCUGCCCACGUCCGAAUGCAGAGCCGAUGGCAUACGAUUCUAUCUUCACCAUUAAUUAAUUUUAACAUGAGAGGGACAGAGCUUAUACCCCGAACGUACCCGAAAUGUAAGCAUGCUGCUACUCAUCAGGAUCUAAAGGCAAGGACAAGGCAAAAGAGACAAAGAAAAAUUUCCUCACGGCUACACAUGUCCUUUUGAUGCGUUGUCUAUGCGUCUCGCUCAGUAUCACAGCGGCAUACGCCAGGUAAGCAGUACAAAUGCUGCUACCUGAUACGCAACACAUGUUUAUCGAACACAACUAUUCGGUUCGGCUCGGUAAACUUCAUGAGGACGCCGGAACAAAAGGGCGCAGACUUUUUCAUGAUUUUGUAUGACUUCGGCUGUUUUGGACCUCGCGUGUAGGCGCAGACAUAUAGUUUGGAGUUCGCACUGCAAAGGCAAAUUUCUUUUAAAAUUCAAUAUUAUAUAUAUUGUAUCUAAGUCCUUAAACAAAAGUGUUUGCUCGACACAUAGAAUUAUGAUUGUAAGAAAAGCCGUAUCGUAUAUGGAACGAGUUGCAGCUAAAAUCGCUAUAUAGACCGUUCUUGACCGCAUUGUUGGCUAAAUUGAUCAUAUUCCAGGACGAUGAUGUAGAGCCGCUAGUCUGUUUAUGUAUUAAAAUUAUUGAAAAUUGUAGAAUAUUAGGAGAUUGUUUUCAUUAUAGAAGACGAAGCAUUUAUUUUGCAACCAUCACGAAUCUCUAGUGUGAGUUAUCUAGAACGUUUAGGAAACUUGUUCAUCGGUUGUUUUAGGGAAACAGAAUAACAACUAAUGCAAAUUUCCAUGUUGAUGUUACUGUAUUCGUGCUUGUGUUCGUGCUAUAUUAUGCCCUAUAAAUUUACUCUUGCUCAGAAGGAAAGGUCGAAAAUGAUCACGGCGAAAUUUAUAUUGUUCAUUAGCUACAAAAUAUAACAUGAUAUUUUUCAUUAUUCUUUCAUCGGGUGAACUAUGUUAUAUUUAUAACCUAAUUUGUAUAUUGCUUUUGUAAUGCAUUGCUAGUUCCAAUUACAUUCAAAGUAUAUAAUGAAUGAUAACAAUAAAUGUUGAGUAAUUACUAUCCUUCUUCUCAUCA